UCAAUUCGAAGAUUCAAUUCAUGCUUUCAAAUGACAUCGUUCGGAGCAACAGAAAUAGUUCGAAAUACUAAUGCAAAUGGUCAACAAUUCAAUUCUACAUUCAAAAUCAGAGGCCAAGUUUAUCAUAAAAUGGGCUCACUGCUGCCAAUGCCAAACGAACCACAUAAAUUCUUACAAAUCUACUUUAUGGGCGGCGAGGAUUCCGGAAGCGCACUUGCCAAUCGCGUGAAUGCACGUUGUGAUUAUAAUAACCUUGAUUCACUUUAUGCCAGGCGCAUCGUCAGCGAGCUAGAUGCUCUUUUUAACGAGCACAACGAGUUGUUGAAAAUAUUCAAAUCACAUAUGCACCAAUUACAAAGCGAUAAUCACGCUAUCGUCAUUAAUCCUGAUAAAACACCAGCUGGAGAGCAUAUUCGUAGAUUCAAUGCACCCGUUGUUGAUGAUGUUGCUGGAAUCAUGGUUGGCGAUUGUACAGCUGCACGAGAAAUUGUGAUUCGUAGAAGAAAUAAUAAUCUUCAGUUCAUUGCUGACACACAUCGUUCAUAUGACGCUCUCCAAUAUCCGCUAAUAUUCUGGAAGGGACAAGACGGAUAUUGCAUAAACAUAAAACAACGAGAUCCCGUAUCAGGAGCUGAAACAAACUAGAACGUUAGCUCAAAGGAUUAUUAUGCGU